AUGUACCCGCAGCCAACUCAGAUAACCCUAACUCAAGCUGAACUCACCAGCCAAAAAAUCUCCUCACACAACCUCCAAUCCGCCAUCGAAGCCCUCCAUCGCGAUGGUCUCGUCGUCCUCAGCAAUGCCGUUUCUCCAGGCCACCUGGACAAAUUAAAUGAGCGGAUGGUCCCAGAGGCAAAAACGCUCUACGAGCGAUCCUCAACCCACCGUAACUUCGGCGCAAAAACCGGCAAUAUUCAACAGGAGCCCGUCCUCGAAAAGGACUAUGUGUUCCAAGACGUCGUCGCGAACCUGUUUGCCUUGCAGGUUGUCGAGUGUAUGUUUGGGCCUCGGCCUUCACUGCGUUUCUACAGUGCGAACACGGCGUUCAAGGCGGAGAAUCGGCAGCCCGUGCACGUCGAUGUGAAUUUUGACUUUCCCAAGAUCCCAUGGGGAUACGCAAUUAAUAUCAAUCUCGUCGAGACGACGCCGGAGAAUGGGGCUACGGAGGUGUGGCUCGGUAGCCAUACGGAUACAACGAAGGACGUGCUUGAUCCGCAGUACGCACACAAGCAAGUGCGCGAGGAUCUCCUCGAUGAACGCCGAAAGAUUGGAAAGGGAGGAAUCCAGCCACAAAGACUGCCAAAGGGUAGUCUGAUCAUUCGCGACAUGAGGCUCUGGCAUGCGGGAAUGCCGAACACUACGGACGAGCCGAGAGUCAUGCUGGUCACGAUUCUGUUCCCGCAUUGGUAUCGCAGUCAACAGAAGAUUCUUUUGCCGGCGGCUUUGGGGGAAACAGUCAAGAGAUGGGAGGGAGUUGAUGCGCAAGUGGACUGGGUGGAGGAAGGGUAUGAUUAUUUGCAGGGCAGACAUGACCACGACUUCUCCUUGAAACCUUAG